AUGCUCGCUGCUUUGGAAGCGCUUCAGGCAAUGGACCGAACGCACACUCCGCCGGCGUCACCGCGCACGGUGGUCGAUUCGAACGCUGCGAUGGCAGAUCAGACAAAGCAGCCGACACCUGAGUCCUUCAUGGAAGAAGAAGAGACACAGAUACCAGCGAACGCCUUCACCAAGCCCGAGGCGCACCUCCAUCGACCUGCAGAGAAUACCGAAGCGUCUGCUUCAAGCAUCUUGGACGCCCUGCGUGCUACCAAGAAACCGAUGUCUGUCGGCAAGUUCCAGGAUGUUCUGGGGCAUGUGGGGGCAAAUAUAGAUCCGAAUGAUGGGACAUCCAUACAAGAUCACUUGAUGGUGUUGGGAUGCCUCAAGCACAAACUAGACAAGAUGAAUGACCGUCUCAUCAGACAAUCCCUGCGCAGGGACAGCCAAGGCCAAAGCGGCGAGAUGGCACAAAGCAAACAAACUGGUACGGACACUGAGGGCUCACAAGAGCUUCAAUCUGACAACGCUGCAGACGAUGAAGGCACUCUGCCACCAUACGACGAUGUGGCUCGCAACACGCCGUUUUGCCAAGUUGGUCGUUUUAUCCGCGCACCUGUGAGCGAUCCGCUGCUCGAUCCCAACAUGGCUUUUGGCGACGCUGGAGUCGAUUCGACUUCAGCUGGACUUACCCUCACAAAGGAUCGUCCGCUCUUUUGUCUCUCCAAUAAUGGCUCUUCAGCUACCUUUCUCAGGCUUACGACUAGAGGGGGUAGAGGCGCGAGUGGAGUCCGCCAUCGGGAUCGAAAGAAGUACGUUUUGAUUCUCCCGGAAGGCUACCCGCAUGAGUUGUCUAAGGACGAGAAAGCUCUGGCGUUUGAGCCGCUAUUCGUUCGGAAGGCGUCCUACUGCGAGGGUUCGUUGCUGUGUCUUGAACCUGUGACCAUCUCUCUCAAGUCUCUGAUCAAACCAAUUGACGGAGCUUUCACCAAAGACAGCUUGACCAGGAUCCACAAUCUUAUCAUCGGCAACGCGCAUAUGAAGGAGCAGUUGAGAGAGUUCCUUUCGCAUGCCAGAAACUCGACAGAUACACCGGCCGAACUGAGGCGAGACUCACGCCAGACUGAUACGAAGCCCGAACCACCGGGUCACCAAAAAGCAAAUCCUCGCAAUGAUUCCCAUGCAGUGACUGACUUUGGCGCUCAAGGCGGAGCCAGUUUCAAGAAUGACGGCGGAUAUGGGACCACCUACGAUACGAGAUCACGCCACACCACAGGACAACACUCCACCUCGCAGCAGUACGCAUACGGUCUUCGAGAUACCUCACCUCGGAACUCUGGCAUUGGCAGAGACAACAAUUUCAAUUCCAGCCGGGCUGCCAGUUCUGUCCAGAUUCCAGGAGGCGGCCAAGACGCACGAGGUUCUAGAGACUCUGAGCGUCGGGGACGUUAUCAAAACGGGCAAGAGUACCAGGUUCAGGGUGCUUUCCUGCGAAAAGCAGAUCGUCUGGACGGGGACAAUCGAGCGACCGCCGACAGACGCGCACGGUAUCGAGCAGACGCGGAGUAUGACACUGUGAAUCUACGAUGGAGAGAUGAGCCUCGAUCCUGGGCUUCAACUCGACAGGGAAAGCCUCCUUACGAGGAUCUUGAUGCGCCGUCUGUGGAAGCCAGCGUCGCAUCGACAGAACGCGAGACUACCACGCACUCAACUUGUUUGGACAGGAUUGCGUCGCGACUUGGCAAGCGCAGGUUCAAGGAUCAAAGCUUUGUAAUCUCACGACUGCCUGAGAGCAUGGCUCUCACGCCCGGAAUCUCGUUGUACGUCAACGACAGUAGUGUGUCCAUCAGGUCUCCCGCCUCCGCCCACGAGAAGGCCAACGCGCCCGCCCGCCUCAAGUCCCCACCGGCCGAAAAACAAGCACUUUCCGUGGAAUCAGACCUCGGCAAACGCAUCCUCAAGGCCAUGGAUCAGAUCGAAAAUACCGACAUCAUCGCGCUGAAGACAGCUGCAGACCUCAUUGCUCGCCUUCAAACUACCAUCGAUCAAAAAGUCGGCGAUCGCGCUUUCAUCUCUGCUACCCACAGCGAGCAAAAAGAUUCAGAACCUGUUCGAAUGGCGCUCAGUGAAGCGAACCUCGUGGCCCACAACGUCCCCAGCUACGUGCGUAGGCGCAAGUCAUCCAAGAAGCAUGUCCCUCGUCUCAGCCUUGAGUACGAGACUGGAAACUUGAGACCAAUGAGCCUCUCAGCCGGCUGCCGCAACCGUCAGAAGUUCAUGGACAAGCAGGCGUCGGAAGACGGCAGUAUGUGUGUUCAACCAGCAAUGCACAAGCAGCACAAGCGUAACACAGCGGAGGAGGACAACAGUCCGCCGAAGAAGAAGGCCAAAUACGCGCACUGA